AUGAAUACAGUUGAAAUGGGCGCUGCUGAUGAAGAUGAUAAAAAUUACGAUACAGAAGGUAUCGAAUGUAACCAUAGUGAUCAGAUGAAAACACUAUCGCGCUCCCAAAAUACAUGCCGUUCUUCUCCUCAUCAUACAGCAAGAGAAAGUGAAUCUGAUGAAUUAGUUUUACCACCUGAAGUGAUUCGUCGUGUGAAUGCAUUAAGAAAUUUACAAGCUGAAUAUCAUUACUUAGAAGCAACAUUUUUUGAAGAAGUUCAUGAUCUUGAAUGUCGUUAUCUUAAGAAAUAUCAACCACUUUAUGAAAAGCGUUUCGCGAUAGUCAAAGGUGUUUAUGAUCCAUCAGAUGCUGAAGCAAAAUGUGCAUUCGAUGUAAAUGAUGAAGACAUUGAUGAAGAAGAAAAAAAAACCGGUGGUAAAAUUGAUGAGAAAAAAGAUGAGGAAAAAAUGGAAGAAAAAUCUAGUGGUAUACCUGAAUUUUGGCUACAAGUGUUCAAAAAUUCGGAAGUAUUGUCUGUUUUAAUUCGAGAGACUGAUGAACCAAUUCUUAAACAUUUAAUAGAUGUUCGUGUCAAAAUGCAUAAUGAAACACCUCAAAAGGAAUUUACUAUUGAGUUUGAAUUUACAAGCAAUGAUUAUUUUUCAAAUAAUAUUUUAACAAAAGUUUAUGAAUUACGUACUGGUCCUGAUGAAAAAGAUCCAUUGUCGUACGAAGGCCCAGAAAUUAUAAAAAGUAAAGGUUGUGCAAUUAAUUGGAAAAAGGGUAAAAAUGUUACAAUCAAAAUGAUUAAAAAACGUCAAAAACAUAAAAAUCGUGGCACUGUACGUGUUGUCACUAAAGAAGUUCAAGCCGAAUCAUUUUUUAAUUUCUUUAAUCCACCUACUAUACCAGAUGAUCCAGAGGUCGAUAUUGAAGAAGAUGCUGAACAAAUAUUGGCAACCGAUUUUGAAAUUGGACAUAUGUUAAGAGAUUCAAUUAUACCAAAAGCUGUUUUAUAUUAUACAGGCGAAGCGGGCGAUGAUGAAAGUGGUGGCUUUGAUGAAGAUGAAGAUGAAGAAGAUGAUGAAGAAGAUAGUGAUGAAAAUGAAGCAGAGGAAGAACAUGGUGGAGCACAUCAUCAUCAUGGAGGACGAGGUGGUCAUCAUGGAGGAAAACAUCCACCAGCAGCGCACGGUGGAGCAGGAAAAUCUGGCAGGUCUAAAGGUUCACACAGUAGUGGUAAUAGUGUUACAAAUCAACAACAGCCUGAAUGUAGACAACAAUAA